AUGUUGCCUUAUAAUGGUGGUAGUGCUACCGUUCUUGGUGAAGAGAUGAUACCUAUAGAACAACAACAACAGCAACGUGAACGUAGUCUUUCACCAGAUAGUUUAGAACAAAGACUAUUUAAACAACAUAUAAUACCAGAUAAUAUUGAUGAUGAUGAAUCAUUUUUAUCAUCAUCAUCAUCGUCGUCAUCAUCUUUAAUCGAUUCAAUCAGUAUUGAUCAACAACAACGUCAAUUAAAUUCAACAAAAACUAUUGUUCAUAAAUUAACAUCUCAUGGUCUUCUUAAUACUUUAUCAUUUUCAAAUGAUGAUAAUGAUGAUGAUAUUGAUGAUGAUCUUGAUGAAAUUCAUAUUGAUCAAGAUGAAGUUAAUUUACUUUUUUCUGAUCCAGAUGAUGGUGUUUUAUGUCGAUUAUCUAAUGAAUUAAAUGAUAUAGACGAUGAUAAUGAUGAUGAAAAUGAGGAUUUUCGUCAACAUAUAUAUCCUUUACCUCAUGUAACGUCACCAAAUUUCGUUAUUUCAUCAUCAUCAUCACCAUCAUCAUCAUCAUCAUCAUCAUUAUCAUUACAAGAGCAGCAACAAGUAUAUACAUCUUAUCAUUUUCUUGAUCCAAUAUCUGAAGCUGCUAGUGAAGAAGAACGUCGAGCAGCUAUAUCAAUAAUUCGUCAACAACAAAAACAUAAACAUAGUACAUCAUCAUCAUUAUCAAUAAGUGCUAAUGAACAUUGUGAUGGUGAUACAACAACUAAUGAUGAUCUUUCAACAUUGAGUGAUAUUGAUGAACAAAAUACAUCAAUGGAUGAAAAUUCUAUUUCACAAACAUAUUCACUAUAUCGUGAUCAACAACAUAUAAAUAAAAAACGACGUCAUAAAGAGAUUUGUUCUAUAAAUUGGUCAACAAUAAACGGAACAAUCGAUACCAGUGGUGGCUCUGAUGAUACAUUGGAACGUCUACGUAAUAUAACAAAAAUGUUUGGUAGUAAAAAAAAUGAAGAUGAUGAAGGACAAAAAUUACAAAAAGUUGAAAAAGUAGCACCAAGUGACAAAAUCAAAAAUACAUUUCUAAAGUUUGAAGAUAUUGGUUCUUCAAACGGUCUUCAAAAUGAAGAAGAAGAUGAAGAUGAAGAUGAUACUCAACCGUCAGAAUCUGAUGGCAUUGUUCGAUCAACACGAAAAAAGAAACCAACAAAAGAACAUGUUCCAUACCAUGAAAUGGCAGAAGUUAAAGAUAAAUUUGAAAAAGGUUUAAUUGAUAGUGAUAAACCACGUGGAGAAAAACGUUUAGAUGUUCGUGUACAAAGUGGUUUAGCAUCAUCAAAAAAACAAGCAUUUGAACAAGGUGAAUUCGAACAAGAAGUUGAAUCACAUGUUAGUAAAGUACAAAUCGAUACAGAUCUUGUUGCUGGUUUAGCAUCAUCAAAAAAACAAGCUUUUGAACAAGGUGAAUUCGAACAAGAAAUAAGACCACAUGCUUCAAAAGUACAAAUUGAUACAGAUCUUGUUGCUGGUUUAGCAUCAGCAAAAAAACAAGCAUAUGAACAACAUCAACUUGAGAAUGAUACAAAUUUACCAAAAACAGUUAUUAUUGAUCGUGAUUCAAUGGCUGGUGCUGCAACAGAAAAAAAAGCUAUAUUUGAAAAAGGUGAAUUCGAUCAAGAUUAUCAUGAAUUUGGUUCAAAUCGUGUACAAGCUGAUGCUGAUCUUCUUGUUGGUGCAGCAACUGAAAGGAAAGCUAAAUUUGAAAGUGGUCAAUUAUCUGAUCGUCCAAUAACACCAACACGUCUCGAUGAAAUGUCAACUAUUGUUGAAACAGGUCAUGCACAAUCAAAACGUUCAGAAUUAUUAUCAAAAUUUGAAGCUGAACAACAAGUACAACGUUCAGGUGAUCGACAUAUUGAUAUUGAAUCAGAUAGUGGAUUAGCAAUAGCACGACGUGAACAAUUAGCAUCAUUAGCCAGUACUGAAUUUAAACCAACAGAAAAACAUAUUGAUGUAACAACUGGUUUAGCAAGUACAAUUAAAGAACAGUAUAUGGCUGAUACAAGUAAAUCAGUAAAACCAACAGUUCAAUCUAUUUCUGUUGAAAGUGGUUUGGCUAAAAGUCGUGCUACAGCAUUUGAAAAUCCCGAUGACACUACUACAAUCAAACGAACAGUAGAAAUUGAUAAUGAACUUCUUGAACGUGGUGUAGCUAAAGAACGUGUAGCUAUGUUUAAAAAUUUAGAAAGUGGUGCACAAACAACAACAGGUGCUAGUGGUGAUUCAAAAAUACGUGUUGAUGAGAACGGGAACGUUGUACGUGAAAGUGAUAAACGUGAAGAAAUCUAUUUUGAAAAGGGUCAAACAAAACAACUUGUCGAACAGUGGAAAACAAAACAAACUUCACCAGAACGAGAUACACCUGACGCUCAAGUUAUACGGGACGCUGAAAUACUUCAACAAGGUAAAGCAAAGGAUCUUGUUGAAAUGUGGAAAACAAUGGAUAAAGAGAACACACCACCUCCUGAAAGACGUGGACCACGUGCAAUUACACCACCACCUGACAACGAACGACGUUUACCGCCUCCUGAAGAUGAUGAAACAACUUUUCGGAAACCAGGCUAUGCAGAUGAUAAAGCUAAUAUUGAAUCAGGUCAUGCCAAGGCUGUUCGAGAAAGUGACGAAGAGUGUCAUGGUGUCGAUAGCCUUGUUUCUAUUAUUAAUGACUUAUGGAAUAAGAAUACUAAUAAUGAUGAACUUAUGCAAAGUGCUGAACAAAAUAAUACAGCUAACACAAGAAAAACAUUAAAACAAAUCACACCACCACCAGAAGGUGUUCAAAGGAGAUCAGUAUCACCAACGGAUACAGGAAAUAGUUCAAGUGGUCUAAUAGAACAAUAUAAUGAUAAUGAAGAAUUUGUACCUACUAAAGGUCAAGCUCAAUCAUUAAAAAAUCGCUUUACUGAAUUUGAAAAAGAUGCACUUAAAGUUGAAACAGCUUCAUCUAAAAUAAAAUAUACACCAAAACGAUUUGUUGAUACACCUGCACCUAAACAGACCAAUAAUGAAUCAGCUGUUGAUCCAAAUAAAUGUUCUGUAUGCAAUAAAACAGUUUAUGCAAUGGAAAAAAUUGAAGCAGACAAAAAAAUUUAUCAUAAAUCAUGUUUUAAAUGUAUGCAUUGCAAAUCGAUAUUAAAACUUGGAAAUUAUACGGCUAAUGAUGGACAAAUUUAUUGUAAACCCCAUUUUCUUCAAUUAUUUGCUAUAAAAGGAAAUUAUUCAGCUGGUUUCGGUCUCAAUGAUCACAAGGCACGAUGGUUAUCAAAUUCUUCUUCAUCUUCUUCUCCUAGUAGUAUAUCAAAUACACACGAGUCAACAUUGUCCAACGAAAGUUAA